AUGUCUCGCCUCGUCCUCCUUGCCGGCGCAGCCUCCCUGGCUGCUGCGUACGAAUUUGCCAUCCCGGCCAACCUCCUGGCGGGUGCCCAUGCGUUCGCCGCCAUCGACCCCAACUAUCAGGCUUGCGGGACGGUCGGCGACGUCGUCUCGUACUGCGCGUCCAACCUGCCGGGCAAUGCCGCCGUGACCGACAGCGCCUCAUGCUACUGCUGCAACUACGCGACGUUCCUGGCGCCGGCCUACAGCAGCUGUGAGGACUACAUUGUGUCCUCGGCGCCCGGCUACACGGAGGACUAUUCAGUCGUCAGCAUCGCCCAGUCACUGUGCUUGGCCGUGAGCAAAGAGGGCUUCCGCUGCGGGGGCGUGGCCGCGACGACCACGCCCCCCAGCACCGCUACCCGGACCGGCAGCGGCAACACCUUCCCGUCGUCUACGAGCUCGUUUUCGGGCGUCGUCCAGACCUUUGGCGGCAGCGGCGGCCGAGGUGGCGGUAGCGCGACGGCCCAGCCGCCGGCCUGCACGUCCUUUGCGGCCCUGUACGAGUCCUGCGAUGCCAAGAUCCGCGGCUUCCAGACCAUGGACGACGUCCAGGCUGCCAGCUGCCUGUGCUACAUCAACGGCAAGUUCACGACGGCCCUCGACGACUACAUCAGCGAGUGCGGCGACUGGGCCAAGACGGCCGACCCGGCAGAGUACGAGUCCUACGUGGCCGUCGAGUCGUUUUGCGAGCUGUUCCAGGGCGGCAGCAGCAGCAGCAACAGCGGCGCCAGCGCCACGGGUGGUGACGUCGCCACGUUUGGCGGUGUCGGCGGUUCGAGCGGCUCGGCGUCCAGUUCCACGCCCAACGCCAACAGCAGCCCGUCGCCCACCACGACCAAGGCGCAGCAUACUGUGACGGUGACGCCGACGCCGACGGCGGCCAAGAACGCGGCUGCUGGGCCCGUGCAGGUGGUGCAAGCAGGUAGCGGUCUGGCGGCCUGGCUGGCCGUUAUUCAAGUUCACGCCCGCCAACGCGUCCACGGCCCAGUCUGGGUAGUCGCCUGGUCCGUUGGGAUACAGAUCGGCAAAGAACUCCCGCACGCGCGUGGGGAAGCGGUCUUGGAGAAUGGCCUCGCGCAGACUGGCCAUCAGCGCCAGCUGGUACCACACAUUGUGCAUCGUCAGCAGGUGCGCGGCCACCGUCUCCUUGGAUGCGUUGUGGUGCACAAACGCGCGCGUAAUGGCCGGACGGGGCCGGCUGGCUUGUUCGCCAUUGGUGGCCCCAUUCUCGGACACACUGCCCCCGCCUCCAUCUCCGUUCGCCGCGCCCUCGGCGGUGGCCGGCCGACAGCACGGACACCCACAGCCGUCCUCGAUAGGGCCAAAGUCUGUGGCAUAGCGCUGGUGCUUGAUGUUGAGCACGCCGUGCCGCGUGAUGGCAUUCCCGAACCGCGCCGUCCGUGUCGGCCACACGCAGUCGAACAUGUCCGCGCCGAGCGCCACGCUGACCACCAGGUCCUCGGGGUAGCCGAUGCCCAUGACGUAGCGCGGCUUGAGCGGCGGCAGCAGCUCCGUCACGGCCGCCACCACGCGGCAGUAGUCCGCCUUGGCCUCGCCGCCCGACAGGCCGCCAAUGGCAAUGCCGGGCGUGUCGCGUGCCAGCAUGGCGCGCGUGCAGGUGCGGCGCAUGGCCACGUCGAGGCCGCCCUGGAUGAUGCAGAAGAGGUUUUGGCGCUCGGGGAUGCGGUGCGCCGCGAUGCAGCGAUCCAGCCAGCGCACGCUGCGCUCCAUGGCGGCCUGCAUGCGCUCGGCGUCGGGCGACGUGGUCACCAGCACGUCGUCCAGCUGCAUGGCAAUGUCGGAGCCGAUGCUGUUCUGGAGGGCAAUCGAGUGCUCGGGCGUCAGCAGCAUCGGCUGGCCGUCGUGCGGCGACAGGAAGCGCACGCCCUCUUCCGUAAUGGUGGCCAGCUGCAGCAGGGACACCAUCUGGAAGCCCCCGCUGUCGGUCAGCAGGUUGUGCUGCCAGCCCUGGAAUGCGUGCGCGCCGCCGACGGCAUCCAGGACCGCCUGGCCCGGCUUGAGGCCCAGGUGGUAGGUGUUGUUGAGGCAGAGGCGGCAGGACGUGUCGGCGAGCUGGGCGGGCGUCAGGCCCUUGAGCGAAGCCUGCGUGGCGACGGGCAUGAAGACGGGCAGUUGGACGGGGCCAUGAGGCAGCCAGAGGAUGGAGGCACGGGCCCGCGUGGUCGAGCAGCGGGCCAGCAGCUCAAAGAGGCUGGAGAGACUGCAGAGACGGCAGAGACGGCUGCGGCCUUGGCUGACGAGGUGGACGCCAUCCUGAGGGCCGCCAGCAUGGCCAACAAGGCUAGCGCCGGCCUGAGCCUGUGGCCGCUGUCGACCCCGAAAACCCCUAAGCCUUAG